CGCGCAUGUGUAACGUGAAAGAGGAAGUGGUCAUUUUCGGAAUUUUGAGAAAAUGAAAAUGUUGAAGAUGUGGGAAAUUCGUUAUGAAUGAGAUCACAAAAUAGAGGCAAGAUGGGUUAUGAACUCAAUCGCUUUCAAGGUGAUGUUGAUGAAGAACUUGUUUGUCCCAUAUGUAGUGGAGUUCUUGAAGAGCCUUUACAGGCCCCCCAGUGUGAGCAUGCUUUUUGUGGAGCAUGUAUACAGGAGUGGUUAACUAGGCAGCCCACAUGUCCUGUGGACAGGAAUCCCAUCACCCCCAACCAGCUAAAGCCUGUACCCCGGAUCCUCAGAAAUCUUCUCUCUCGUCUGCAGAUUGCCUGCGAUAAUGCUACCUAUGGUUGCACAGCCAUAGUCAAAUUAGACAUGUUGUCGGCACACAUACAGGAAUGUGAACAUAACCCAAAGAAGCCUGUACAUUGUGAAAGUGGGUGUGGUAUUGUUGUCCCUAAGGAUGAAUUAAAGGAUCACAAUUGUGUUCGUGAACUGAGGAAUCUGGUUCAACAGCAGGCAUCAAGAAUCACAGAAAUGCAGACAGAAAUUACAGAACACAAAUUAAAUAUAAGUGAACAAAAGAGGGAACUUCAGUUGUUAAAAGAAUACAUGCGAUCUAUGAGAGUAUCUAAUCCAAGAAUGAGAGAAAUACAGUCAGAGAUGGAAAAUGCUGAUGUUCUAAGAUGGGUGAAUAGUUUACAAACUGCCCGAGUAACACGAUGGGGCGGUAUGAUCUCUACACCUGAUGCAGUGUUACAGGCAGUCAUUAAGAGAGCCCUGAUUGACAGUGGUUCCCCUCCCCACAUAGUUAAUGAACUCAUGGAGAAUGCACAUGAACGAAGGUGGCCACAUGGACUUAGUACUUUGGAAACCAGACAACUGAAUAGGAGGCAGUAUGAAAAUUACGUUACGAAAAGAAUUCCAGGUAAACAAGCCGUAGUGGUGAUGGCAUGUGAAAAUGAACACAUGCCUGAAGACUUGAUAAUGGAGCCUGGGCUGGUCAUGAUAUUUGCUCAUGGAGUAGAAUGACCAGCAAAUGAUGAGCAAAGAUCUGUGAUAAUCUGUGAUUUCUUCAGUGAGGGUAGAUUUUUAAUUGAGUUGUUGGAACAGAAAAGUGCUUUCACAUCUAGUAACAGAUCAUGUUCUAGAUUUUCACAAAACAUACAUAUUUGCUGUGAAUGAAAAACUGAUAAAGUUCAGUGUUAUGGACAAAUGGUGCAUUAAUGUUAAAAUGACAGUGAAUAUUCCUGGUUAUAGUUACCAAUAUGUGAUUUUCUGAUUCCUGUAGUUUGUGUACCUGUAUUGUUUGUAAAAAGUGUAGACUUCAUUGACACAAGUUUUAUCUCUGUUAGAACUGUAUGCUGUUUGCUUUUAAAUUUAUUUUGUUACUUUUUGUAUCUACAUUUUUGAACUUAAAGCAAGUUUUGGAAGGGUGUGAGUGUGAAUGUGUGAAUAUUUUGUUGAUCAAAGAUAAAUGAAAGACAAGAUUUUAGUACGUGUAUUUAGUGUAGUAUGUGUAUAAUGAAAACAGAAAUAGUUACCACAGUCUUGUGGCAAAUUGAUAGCAUAAAAACAUGGCUGAUCCUAAACAUGAAAUGUUGGCUUAUUUUCCAAUUAAAGAUUUAGCAGGUAUAGGUUACAUUACAAUUAUUCUCUAAAAGUUCUCUGUGUAGCUUGUUCUAUUAUUUUAAUUUGAAUUAUCAUAAUUAUUUUUUUUUUGACUAGUUUAAAAUUCAUAGAUUUGUGAUUUAAAUAAACAAGAACUUCAUGCCAUUUUAAAGUACUUUUAUAACUUAUUUUACAAGUGUUGCCAUUGAAAAUAAUCAGUCAAACCCUGCUGUCUUUUACAAAUAUUUAUCAACUACUGUUAACGUGCACAUGGAGUUACAUUGAAAUUUUUUAUGUUUUUAAGUUAUAAAAUAAUUUGUUGCAUAAUUUGUAGGUAAAUUUACUGUAAUUGCCUUUCCAUGACAUGUGAGUUGUACCUUUCAGUGUUUGAUACAAUGCAAAGCACUGAUGAAUAUUCGUCGGUUCUGUUGUAUUUUGUAAAUACAUGAAAAAUGAAGUGUAUGCAUUUACAGAAAAGUCAUUAUGUCUACAUGACUUUCAUGUUGCAUUCACCCACAAUUCUUGUUUAGAUAAAAAUAAACUGAUGAAAAUAAAA